AUGACAGUUCCAUUUAGAAUUAAAGCUUUUGGUUGGAGGCUUUUUCAUGAUAGACUUCCCACAAAGAAUCUUUUGAUGCUUAGAGGUUUAACUUUCUCUUUAGAUAAUAUUAAUUGCCCUUUGUGUGGAAGUGGUUUGGAAAGUAGUAAUCAUUUAUUCUUUGGUUGUUGGGUGUCUAAGAAGGUGUGGAAUGAGAUUGCUUGGUGGGUUGCAAAAGGGGAUCCGGAGGAGGAAGAGAGUUUGUCUAGUUUUAUGGAGUGGCACAAUUUUUUUCAUCAAAAUUAUGUCAACGAAAGAAGAUCGGGUAUUGUGUGGCUUGCCACCACUUGGACUCUUUGGAUUUUAAGGAACGGGGUUUGCUUUCGGAAGGAUAAUUGGAGUGUGAAUAACACCGUUUGGAACAUUAAGGAGCUGGCUUGUAGGUGGUCCUUUCAUGGGAAAAUUAAUUAUUCCAAUUACUCCUUUUACGACUUUGUUAAGGAUCCCUUUCGUUUCCUCUCGUAA